CACUUCCGGCUACGUCAAAUCAUCCGUGGCGGGAAAGUGAACCAGAGAGAAAGAAAGCCCCGCGGGUGCGAGACAGAGACAGAGACAGAGACGAGGACAAGAAGGGAGGUCCCUGCAGCUGGCUUGGUCAUGGGUCUCCUGGAGCAGUGUGAGGAGGCCUUUGGGACCUCAGACCUGUACCAGGUUUUGGGUGUGAGGUCAGGAGCCUCGGAGGGAGAGGUCCGAAGGGGAUAUCGUAAAGUAUCCCUCCAAGUUCAUCCUGACAGGGUGACGGAGGCAGAGAAGGAAGAAGCCACUGAGAAAUUCCAGAUCCUGGGCAAAGUGUAUGCCGUGCUGAGUGAUGGGGAGCAGCGUGGAUUGUAUGAUGCACAAGGUAUAGUGGAUGAAGAGGCAGAUGUUGUAAAACAGGACCGUGACUGGGAGGAGUACUGGCGGCUGCUUUUUAAGAAGGUCACAGUGGCUGACAUUAAGAAGUUUGAAGAUAAGUAUAAAGGCUCGGAAGAGGAGAUGACAGAUAUAAAGCAGGCAUACCUGGAUUUUGAGGGGGACAUGGAUGGCAUCAUGGAAUCAGUAUUGUGUUCCACACCCGAGGAUGAGUCACGGAUACGGGCAAUCCUGGAGACAGCCAUUGAGGCACAAGAGCUCCCAGCCUACACAGCGUUUACAAAGGAGACUGCAAGCAAACAGAAAGCCCGGAAGAGGAGGGGUGACCGAGAGGCCAAAGAGGCUGAAGGAGUGAGACAGAAGCUGGGACUGGAGGAGGGAAGUGACUCCCUCAAACUACUUAUCCAGAAGAAGCAGAAGGACCGGGUGAAGCAGAUGGACAGUUUCUUGGCUGCGAUGGAGGCAAAGUACUGUGCAAAUUCACAAAAAGCAAAGAAAAGUACCAAGAAAGGAAAGAAGUGAAAAAUAGAAAAAUCCAAUUAGGAAGGAUCAGCAGGAGACUUAUUUGAUCCAAAAUCAAGGUGAUGACUGUUUUGCUCUUGGGUGAACAACUUGUUUGUGUUUUAGCUUUUUGCUGAAGAAAGAAUAUUGUCCUUGCCUUUGUAAAGUAAUCUGAUCUCCUUUCUCUGCUGUGUACGUGUUGGUAUGUAAUGAGAAGGGAGAUAUGACUGAAUGAUCUUGUUUUGGAGCAAUGAGGUGCAUUUGGAAAAUAAAGUUAUUUUUUUGUAAA